GGCGGAGUUUGCAGGCUUUCACAGCCGCGCGCGCCCGCCACUCCGGCGGCUGUGUGCAACAGCGCGCUGGCCGUGGGCCUUGUGAGAGGCGCUGCUGCCACAGCUACCUGCGUUCGCUACGAGGAUUGAGCGUUUCCAUCCAGGAAGUGUGAGACAGGCUGCAGGAGGUGGGGACGCAGGGACUGCUAGACAAGCCGCUUUUCGCUCCUGCCAGCCGGAAGUCCCGUACUCCCGUGACAGCUGCCGGGCCGGUGCCGGGGUGAGGGCGUAUGAUGAAUCCCAGUAUGAAGCAGAAACAGGAAGGAAUCCAAGAGAAUGUGAAGGUUCUACCAUACAACUUAGACAAUAUGACGAUUCCUAGGAAUGAGACCACAUCUUCAGGAAAACUGUAUCAGUUUGCAGGUUUAAAUUAAAUAGAGGAAAUAAAAGCCUUUCAAAGUGAUCGCAGGUGCUUUUUGAAUAGUCCUAUCCCAAGAAGAACUCUGAAGAUGAUUCAGCCUUCUGCAGCUGGAUCUCUUGUUGGAAGAGAAAAUGAGUUGGUGAAAGUCUUGUCUAAAAGGAAACAUCGGAAGGACCAGUUAACAUCUAAGACUUCCAGCUCAGGAGUUGUUAUUGUCCCAGAACACAGUGAAAAUAAAAGUCCUGGAGGUGUUACCCAAGAAGCAUUUGAUCUUAUGAUUACAGAAAAUCCAUCCUCUCAAUAUUGGAAAGAAGUGGCAGAGAAACGGAGGAAGGCUCUCUAUGAAGCACUUAAGGAAAAUGAGAAACUUCAUAAAGAAAUUGAACAAAAGGAUAAUGAAAUUGCCCGCCUGAAAAAGGAGAAUAGAGAAUUGGCAGAAGUAGCAGAACACGUGCAGUAUAUGGCAGAGGUGAUAGAGAGGCUGAAUGGUGAACCUCUGGAUAACUUUGAAUCCCCGGAUAGUCAGGAAUUUGAUUCUGAAGAGGAAACUGGUGAGGAUUCUGAAGUGGAAGACUCAGAAAUUGCCACAUGUGCUGAAGAAAUUGUAUCUUCCUCUACAGAUGAAAAACCAUGUAUAUGAAAUUCGUUAAUAGUUGACUCUUGAGAAAUAUACUGCCAAAGUUUACCUCCACUAUAGUUCUUUGUAGCAGAGCAAAUAACUAUAUAAUGCAAAUUUGGAAUCGUACUUCCUUGUUUAAAUCCUGGGACCCUGUUAUUGUAUUAAAAUACAAAUACUAUGUAUUUUUAAUCUAUGGUGUUUUAUGUAAAUAGUGUUUUCUCAGUUGUCAGAUAUGACUUGCAUAUAUGAUAAAUAAACUUCAGUCUCCUAUUGA